AUGGCUUCUUCAUCCCCUUUUUCGGUUACGGUUCACCCGUACAAGUCUCGCGUCACCGGCUCGGCUGCCUACGAGCUCGGCCCAACGAGUGCGAAGAAUGCCAUCCUCUUCAUCGGCGGGCUAUUUGACGGGCCUCACACAGUACCGUAUACGCGGACCGUGAUCAAAUUUGUUGAGGAGGCCAAGGAUCUUGACUAUUCCAUUUUCGAAAUUCGGAUGCGGAGCUCCUUUACUGGAUUUGGCACGUCAAGCUUGAAGAAGGAUGUGGAGGAUAUUUCGGCGCUCGUCAAGUAUCUCCGCUCCAUCGGCCGCGAAAAAGUUGUGCUCUUUGGUCACUCUACAGGAUGUCAGGAUUGCAUGGAAUACGCCGACUACGAGAAACACGCGAGUAGUCCGGUGGACGGCUUUAUUAUCCAGGCGCCAGUUUCAGACCGUGAAGCCCUCAAGAAGGAUUUCCCCAAUUAUCAAGAACUUCUGGAAGUUUCGGAACAGAUGAUUGCAGACGGCCGGGAAAGGGAAUACGUCUCUGCUAAACUGAUCCCUGCGGGCUUCAACGUCCCCAUUACAGCCUACAGGUUGCAUUCGCUACUUGCCAAAGGCGGCGACGACGACUACUUUUCCUCGGACUUUGACGAGGCGACUCGGAACAGGUUUUGGGGUCGAUUCACCAAACCUGUGCUUGUGCUACACUCUGAGGAAGAUGAGUAUGUGCCGGUUCAUGUAAAUCAGGACGCUCUACGCAAGCUAUACCAUGCCGCCAGUCCCCUGGUUAGUCCGUUGUCAGGGUCGAUUCCCGAUGCAACGCAUGCUGUUACCAACGCUGCUGGACGUGAAUGGCUAGCCAAGACUGUAGUCAAGUUCCUGCAGACCCUGGAGUGA